UUUAAAAAAAUGUAUUUGAAUUGUUACAGAAAUCUUAAAAGAUCAAAAAAAUUGAGAAAGAACAAUACUUGACCUCCAGAUCCGUCGCCGUUGCCGGUCAUCGGCCAGUGCCCAUCCGUCGCCGUUGCCGGUCGUCGGCCCAAGCCCCGACAGCCAAGUAAAUUUUUGUGCAAAAUGGAGAUAAAAGACGGUAAUGAAAGCGCAAAAGAGAUCAGCUUUAGAUGUGUUCAGUGUGGAUUCUCAGUCACAACUCUAUACAUACAGUACUCUCCUGGCAAUAUCCGCCUCAUGAAAUGUGGAAAUUGCAAAGCAAUUGCUGAUGAGUACAUUGAAUGUGAACUUAUGAUAUUGGUUAUUGACUUGAUUUUGCAUAAAAUUAGAGCCUACAGACACUUGUUCUACAAUAGGUUCUCUCGAGAGACUUUGCAUAAUGAGGGCUUGUUGUGGAAAUUUUCUCUGGGCUUCCUGAUAUUAGAUGCUUACCAAAUGUUGGUGGUAUGCACAACUCCAGAUGAGAGGAGUUUGCCGGCAAGCUUUGCCUCAUUUAUGGGGCUUUCUGGAAAGGUGCUCACGGGAGUCUUCUUUGGGAAUCUCAUAUUCCUUGGCAUAAUUCUAUUUGGCACAAGGAGGUUUCUGAAUGCAAAAAUAGGAGAUUCAAGGUGUAAGCAUAUAUUGCUUUCGAUCCUCCUUUCUAGUUACUUCAAGAUUUUUCUUAUUUCCAUGAUGGUGUGGGAAUUUCCCUCUUCUGUUGUUUUCAUCAUUAACAUGUUUGUCUUGUCAUCUAAUGCACUGGCAUUGCUGGAGUGAGUUACAGUGAAGCUUGGCUGGACAUAAAGAACAACCUGGAAUGCACAUGGCUACAGUAUGGUCUGGAUUGUUGAAGAUGGAGGAAAAGAAAUGAGCAACCAGAAUGGUUUGAAUAUUGACCAGGAGUUAACUUGCUGUCUCACUGCCAAAUGUUCCAGUCAUUUAAUAGCGACGGCACUGCCUUAACCGUUUGAGUUUUAGAUUGAUAGCUGUUGAGAUAUGGAACAUUUAGAAUUCACAUUGGAGUUAUAUCAAUAGAGUUGUUCUGUAGGUUAGUCCCUAAAUAUCACUCUAGUAUUUAAUGGGUCCUACAUGGGUCAUAUCUUGGUUUUAAUAGUUGUUCUGUAGGUUGGUCCCCUAAUAUCACUAAUAUUCCUGUUGAGUUUUAGGUUGAUAUCUCGCUUCUUGGUUUUUAUUGUUGAAAUCAAGAGUGAUAUGCAUAAACAGAGACUUAUGGCCUCGCAAACUGUUGAAAUGUCAAAUAUUCCAGCUUCCCACAUCGGUGGGUUAGCAAUAG